AUGGAUUUAGGAAUGCCUAUCUUCUUUAGGGGUAUUAACUUUGAGUUAGGGAAUACCUUUUCUAUAUACUUUGAAGUACCUAUAAACCACUAUAUAUCUUACCUAACUCUUCGCUAUCUAGACUUUUCACCUUCUAAUAUUAUAGUCCGAAAACUAUAUACUUCGAGCGAAGCUUUUUCACUAUACACAGUUUCCCUAGGAAGGAGACUCUAUUUCUUUAAAGUCCUUAAGAGUUGGCCUAUGUCGCUAGAUAGAGGAGCACAAACGGGAUCUAUUGGGUGUCAAAUCCACUUUUCCGAGGAAGAGAAUUAUCGCCAAGAACAGGAGAAACUACAGGAGCUGGGCGAGAUGAGGGAUAUAAUCGGGAUAGAUGCCCUUGGCUGGGUUCCAGAUGAGGAUGAGCUUGAACGGUGCAGGGCUGUCAUACAGAGCAUCAAGGACGGUUUGAUAGAACAUUCAAUCACUGAGAUGGAGAAGGCUGCGGUUCUUUCUCAUUUUCCUUUCGAUGACUAUGAAGAAAACGCUUGA